AUGAAUUCAGCAAUUGCUGCCUCCGAUGAUCAUCACUCUCAUACGAGCAUUCCUCCUAAUCAUAAUCCCAGCAGAGAUUCCGAAUAUGAUACCAUUCCUCUUGAAAUUCAUCCAGUUGCAGCAGAAUUUAGAAAACCUCUGGCAUCACCUGUACCACCCUCACCUCUUCAGAAAGCCUUCUCCCAAACAAGCCUUAAUUUGAAAUUUUCUCUCAACGAAUGGAAGACACAACGAAAGGAACAAUUAAAAACUAAUUUAAGAAAGGAUACAUGGAAACGGAGAGGAAGAGCAUUGCUGAACUUGUUAAAAUCGAGGAAAUUUUGGGAGAGUGUGUUGAUUUGUUAUGGAUUUAUACCGUUGGGACUGGGUUUAGCCAUGCUAGGACCAACACUACCAUCCUUAAAGCAGAAAUUGAAAAAAUCCGAAGGAACAAUGGGUUUAUUAUUUACAUUGCGAGGAGUUGGAUAUAUUUUAUCAAGUUUAAUUGGUGGUUGGGUUUUGGAUUAUUUAAAAAGCAAGGUUCAAUCUGGAACUGUGAAAACAAUAUUGAACCAAAUUAUACUGUUAAUAGGCUUGAUAUUAGUGUCAGGAGCGUUUGCAGCCAUACCGUUUCUUACAUCGUUUACCUUUGUAGUGUUGACAUACUUUGUGGUGGGCCUUGGACUUGGAUGUGUCGACCUCACCUCAAACGUGCUGAUCAUUUGGAUUUGGGGUAAUCAUCGAUUGGUUUCGACUUUUUUACAAUUUUUACAUGCAUGUUUUGGAAUUGGAGCAUUUAUUUGCCCUAUCAUUGUGAAAAUAGUCUUUGAUAGCUAUCCCAGUGCACAACCAGAAGGUGGUGCAGAACAUCCCAUCAACAAUCCACUUGCCCUCUCUCACUUCAUUGGAGCAGCUGUUACAUUGAGUGGUGUCAUACCGAUUGCAAUCUUUUGCUAUUUGGCUUUAAAACAUCCACCUCAGCAACCAGUCGAUCAAGAAACAGCAAACAAUCAAGUUGUUGAAGAAGUUGCUAAAAGCUUUGAUGAAGAAAGAGUUUCAAAUAUUGGUGACGUCUUUCAUGACAUCGAGUUGGAAGAAAGUCCCAAAAUGAAUGACCAAAAUAUUUCAAAUGAUGCGACACAUCAUCAAGCUCAAGCUUCACCUUUGACAUCCUUUGAAGACGAAGAUGAAGAAGAAGAAGAAGCAAAAGAACAAUUGACAAAACCUACCUUAUGGCAGAAGAUUGUAGUGUGCGCAUUAACUGGAUUUGCUUUACUGAAUUAUGUCGGUGCUGAAAUUGGAUUUGGUUCUCUUGUGGUGAGUUAUAUUGUCAAGUCCAACAUAGCCACACCUUCAGAAGCAUUUUUAUUGAACUCUGGUUUUUGGCUCUCAUUUACCAUAACGAGAUUUGCAGGAGUUUUACUUUCGGCUGUUUUCACAGAUACCACUCUCCUCAUCGUGGACAUUGUUGCAUGUUUUUUAGGAAUUAUUCCCUUGUUAAUAUUUCCUUACAGCAUGGCUUGCUUAUGGGUGUGUGCUAUUAUUUUGGGAUUUGGAUUUGCAAGCAUGUAUCCAAUUACUAUAAGCUUACCAAGUAGCACAAUGAAGUUUGAAGUCUCUGGUUUUAUGACCUCGAUUAUGGUAUUUGGAGGUUGUGUUGGUGAAUUAGUUGUACCUGUGGGCAUGACAUUGAGCUUUGAGUAUAUUGGCCCUACCUCAAUAUUUUAUUUUAUUUUUAUUGUUUGUGUGAUUGCUUCAAUUUGUUAUGUUGCUUUACUCCUAUUGUUCAGGCCCAAGAAAGCGAAAACAAACCCAGCGGAUGACGAAGUGAUUGACGCAGGAGACAACAAUACUUCAUCACCAAGCUCAGUUCACUAA